AGGACGGCAGUGGAAGUGGAGAGAGAGAAGAAGAGGGCAGGAGAGGUCACCUGUUAACCAGUUCAAACAGAAAAAUAAGGCAGACGGAAACGCAACCGAGGAAAAAUCACAAACAAAUAGCGGCACCAUCCAUUCUACUUUUGUCAACAGAGAAGUACUUCUCUAUCCAUGGCUAGAAGAACCCUACCAAUUCUGAAGCAACUCCUUCAUAGCUCAAGAGGGUCUUCAUCCGAUCAUCUGAUUGCAAGGUUAGGUUUAUCAUGUCUCGAGUCGAAGAGAACUGUAACCUAUAUGCCCCGGCCCGGUGACGGUGCGCCUAGAGCUGUCACCCUGGUUCCAGGCGAUGGGAUUGGACCUCUUGUCACGGGUGCUGUCGAGCAGGUCAUGGAGGCAAUGCACGCUCCAGUGUAUUUUGAGAGAUACGAAGUUCAUGGGGAUAUGACGAAAGUUCCACAGGAGGUGAUUGAUUCGAUCAGGAAGAACAAGGUCUGCUUGAAGGGUGGUUUGGCCACUCCAGUCGGAGGAGGUGUUAGCUCAUUGAAUGUUCAGUUGAGGAAGGAGCUUGAUUUGUAUGCAUCGCUUGUGAAUUGUUUCAAUCUACCUGGGCUGCCCACAAGACAUGAAAAUGUUGAUAUCGUUGUAAUUAGGGAGAAUACGGAAGGAGAAUAUUCGGGGCUCGAGCAUGAGGUCGUUCCUGGUGUCGUCGAGAGCCUCAAAGUAAUAACAAAGUUUUGCUCAGAGCGCAUUGCAAAGUAUGCUUUUGAGUAUGCUUACCUCAACAAUCGAAAGAAAGUGACAGCUGUACACAAAGCCAAUAUUAUGAAGCUAGCAGAUGGUCUUUUCUUGGAAUCUUGUCGUGAGGUUGCAACAAAAUAUCCUGGAAUAAAGUACAAUGAGAUUAUUGUUGACAACUGCUGCAUGCAACUUGUCUCAAAGCCUGAGCAAUUUGAUGUAAUGGUGACACCUAACCUUUAUGGCAACCUGGUAGCAAAUACAGCAGCUGGUAUUGCUGGAGGCACUGGUGUCAUGCCAGGAGGCAAUGUGGGGGCUGAUCAUGCUAUUUUCGAACAAGGUGCUUCAGCAGGCAAUGUGGGGAAUGAAAAGCUGGUGCAGCAGAAGAAAGCCAACCCAGUAGCCCUGCUUCUGUCAUCUGCCAUGAUGUUAAGGCAUUUACAGUUUCCAUCUUUUGCUGAUCGAUUAGAGACUGCUGUGAAGCGUGUCAUCUCGGAGGAAAAAUAUCGGACAAAAGAUCUUGGAGGGGGCAGCACAACCCAAGAAGUUGUUGACGCAGUAAUAGCUAAUCUGGACUGAUAAGAAGAUUCCCCAUAUAAUCUUUGUGCUCCCAAAAGAUGUUUCAAGGCCCUGAUUUUUUGAACAUUUUGCAAUCUCUUGGUUUCUUCUGUCUUUCAUCCCAUUCAUGUUUUCCAGCUGCUGCAGGGAAAUUACAAAUUGUCAAAUAUAUAAUUUUUUCUUUGAAAUAAUGUCCAGGUACUCUUUAAAUAGAUGCCAUGAGAAGGCCCAAAUAGAAGCCUCUGAAAAGGUAUCUUAUUAUGGUGAUAGCAGUUGCAUGACUCGUGUUGUAAUCUAUUGUAAAACCUUUAUUGACUGUUGUAAAACCUACAAAGGUUUAAAAUCUUGAGUGUUCACAUUAAGUGGGUAAAAUAUAUUUUUAUUAUCAUCAUCUU